AUGGCCAUUACUCACACUCUGUUGUCCGGGGAUCGUGCCUCACGUCUUAAAAUCCUUCGUGAGCAUUAUAAGCAGUAUCUCGAUUUGGCUGUAUCGAUAUGCGAACACAGUGGAACCGGUUUUGGUUUACAAGCUGACAGCUUAAUUGAAAGUUUGUUUCCACUGCUUUUAGACGUAAUUCUUAAUGUCUACAGAAAUAUUUGCCGACAAUAUGCUUAUUUAUAUCUGCUCUUUGAACAAAUGGGACAGCGAGAAUUACUGCCAGCUUACAUGAGAACGUUUUGUUUUGAAGACUACCGGUGGGCUAUUUCCACUGUCAUGAGCCGAAACAACGCCCUGCCGUCGAGUGGUGGUGAUGAAAAAUUUCUGUUCCUGGUUCCUCUUUGGGAUAUGAUUAAUCACAAAUUGGGUCAAGUUACCACUGACUAUGAUCCCGUUACAGAACACAUCCUUUUUUAUGCCAUGGAAACCUACCAACCCGGAGAUGAAAUUUUCAUGGAUUACGGCAAACGCACAAGCACCGAGUUCCUGAUCUACAAUGGAUUUGUUCCGGAAAUGAACCCAUAUCACAAAGUUCCAAUAAAGCUUAGUCUUAGUAAGUUCGACAGCCUAGUGGUCCUGCGGAAGCAAGUUCUUGAAAAGCUUGGAAUAGAGACUGAAAUAUGCCCAUUAGUUUCUGCACUGGAUGCCGCGUUUCCUCCACCUUCGAUGGCGGCUUUUGCCCGCGUUAGUGUCAUGACUGAGGCUGAGUUGGUCGAUGUAGUUGAUGAUUUGACGUCUUCCGGUGGUGAUCCUCAUUCCGCCCACCCCUUGUUUUCAACCGUCUUUUCAACCAAUCGCGUUGAUGAGGAGGCCAGGAAAUAUGUUGAAGGCCGUCUUCAUCUGCUUAUCCGUGGAUAUGAAUGUCGUCUUGAGAAAAGAUUGGAGUCUGUAAGUUAUUUUGCGAAUUUUAGAUGUUUUUUUUCUUUCAACUACUUUUACUGUUUUAUUUUUGGCUAA